GUGGAGGCUUCAGACUCCCGGCGCCAUUUAGCGCGGAGAGUUUCCCCGGCGGACGCGGCUCUCCACGCUCGGCCACUCUGCACCCCCAUCUUCGGUGACAGAAGGAGCCUGGUGGGGGUGACUACUCUUUCCUCUCCCUAACCCCCUUCACCCAGUCCUCUCGGUCUCCUCUACUCUCGGCCCAGAGAAGCCGCGGAGCUCGGGCCCCGCGGUGAGCGGCCCUCCCCUCCCCACCGUUCCCUCCCUCUGUCAGCCCCCGGCACCGGCCCGGGAGGAGACGGGGGUUUGCCAGGCCCGGGGCGGGCGGGGAGGCCUCGGGGAAGGGGGGGCCCGCUCCUCAGGCACCGAGGCUUCGAGACUUCGGCUCUUCCCGUCCGGGCGAUGGGCGCCCUGUGAGACUGGUCCCCCUAGCUGGGGGCGCGUGUGGGAGGAGGCGACCGACUGACUGACCGGGAGCCCCCGGGCCGGCCCUCCCUCGCCGUCCUCGGCCCCUCCCACCCUCUUCGGCUCUGGGAUUGCCACCGCUCGGGAGUCCGUGCUCGUCCGUUCCUCGCUUUGCCGCCGCCCCCGGGGCCUAGCCCGCCCAGCUCGGGAAGCGGCGGCGGCGGCGGGGAGCUGGAGCCGCCGCCGCAUCCACCGCAUCCGCUUCGACUCGGUGCCGGCUCCUUGCCCUGCCCCUCAUGACUGCGGCGCCUCUGCUGCUCCAGCCUUCCCGGCCUCCGCUCGCUGCAGGAUGGAUGCGGACCGUGAGGCGCUAACCCCCGUGGCUCAGCUCCUCGACCGCCCGCCGACGAGCCCCCUCGUGAGCCGCAGCAGCCGCCGCAACUGGGCCCAGUGGUCCGCGUCUCCUUCGGGGCGGCUUGUCAGUGCUGAGUGAGGAGCCGUCCGGGUGCAUCCGAACCCGCCGGGAGCGGGAGCCCUAGUAGCGGGACCCGCACACCUCCGCCGCUCUUCGGGCUCGGCCCCUCGCCCUCUCUUCAUUCACAAGUUCGAGCCCGCUCGCCUCGCUUCUGCGGACCGACCAUGUCAGGCGGCGCCGCAGAGAAGCAGAGCAGCACUCCGAGCUCCCUGUUCCUCUCGCCGCCGGCGCCUUCCCCCAAGAAUGGCUCCAGCUCCGAUUCCUCGGUGGGGGAGAAACUGGGCAGCGCGGCGCCCGACGCUGGGACCGGCUGGACAGAGGAGUACCGGCGUCGCCGCCACACUAUGGACAAGGACAGCCGUGGCGCGGCCGCGACCACGACCACCACCGAGCACCGCUUCUUCCGCCGCAGCGUCAUCUGCGACUCCAACGCCACUGCGCUGGAACUGCCCGGCCUUUCCCUUUCUCUGCCCCAGCCCACGGUCUCCGCGGUCGCGCCGCAGAGUACUCCGCCGGAGCCGCACCGCGAGGAGACCUUGACCGCCACCGCCGCUGCCCAGGUAGCCCAGCUACCUCCCGCCUCUGCCGCCCCUGGGGAGCCAGCCGGCGCGGGCCCUGCCGCCGCGACUGCCCCCAGCAGUACCAGCAGAGAUCGCCAAGUGUCCCAGCCCAACCAUGUGGGGAGCAAAGAGGAGCCUCCGUCGGCCAGAAGCGGCAGCGGCGGCGGCACCGCCAAGGAGCUACAGGAGGAACGGAGCCAGCAACAGGAUGAUAUCGAAGAGCUGGAGACCAAGGCCGUGGGAAUGUCCAAUGAUGGCCGCUUUCUCAAGUUUGACAUCGAAAUUGGCAGAGGCUCCUUUAAGACCGUCUACAAAGGCCUGGACACUGAAACUACAGUGGAGGUCGCCUGGUGUGAACUGCAGGAUCGAAAAUUAACAAAGUCGGAGAGGCAGAGAUUUAAAGAAGAGGCUGAAAUGUUAAAGGGCCUUCAGCAUCCCAAUAUUGUUCGAUUCUAUGAUUCCUGGGAGUCCACAGUAAAAGGAAAGAAGUGCAUUGUUUUGGUGACUGAACUUAUGACAUCUGGAACACUUAAAACGUACCUGAAAAGGUUUAAGGUGAUGAAGAUCAAAGUUCUAAGAAGCUGGUGCCGUCAGAUCCUUAAAGGACUUCAGUUUCUUCAUACUCGAACUCCACCUAUUAUUCACCGAGAUCUUAAGUGUGACAACAUCUUUAUCACUGGUCCUACAGGCUCAGUCAAGAUUGGAGACCUAGGUCUGGCAACCCUGAAGCGCGCUUCUUUUGCCAAGAGUGUGAUAGGUACCCCAGAGUUCAUGGCCCCCGAGAUGUAUGAGGAAAAAUACGAUGAAUCUGUUGACGUUUAUGCUUUUGGGAUGUGCAUGCUUGAGAUGGCCACAUCUGAAUACCCUUACUCAGAAUGCCAAAAUGCUGCUCAGAUCUACCGUCGAGUGACCAGUGGAGUGAAGCCAGCCAGUUUUGACAAAGUAGCAAUUCCUGAAGUGAAGGAAAUUAUUGAAGGAUGCAUACGGCAAAACAAAGAUGAAAGAUAUUCUAUCAAAGACCUUUUGAACCAUGCCUUCUUCCAGGAGGAAACAGGGGUACGGGUAGAAUUGGCAGAAGAAGAUGAUGGAGAAAAGAUAGCCAUUAAAUUAUGGCUACGUAUUGAAGAUAUUAAGAAAUUAAAGGGAAAAUACAAAGACAAUGAAGCUAUUGAGUUUUCCUUUGACUUGGAAAGAGAUGUGCCAGAAGAUGUUGCUCAAGAAAUGGUAGAGUCUGGGUAUGUCUGUGAAGGUGAUCACAAGACCAUGGCAAAAGCCAUCAAAGAUAGAGUGUCAUUAAUUAAGAGGAAACGAGAACAGCGGCAGUUGGUGCGGGAGGAGCAAGAAAAAAGAAAGCAGGAAGAGAGCAGUCUCAAACAGCAGGUAGAACAGCAAUCAAGUACUUCCCAGGCAGGAGUCAAACAGAUCCCGUCCGCCAGCACUGGCAUGCCUACUGCUUCUACCACUUCAGCUUCAGUUUCUACGCAAGUAGAACCUGAAGAACCUGAGGCAGAUCAACAUCAACAACUACAGUACCAACAAACUAGUAUAUCUGUGUUGUCUGAUGGAACGGUUGACAGUGGUCAAGGAUCUUCUGUCUUCACAGAAUCUCGAGUGAGCAGCCAACAGACAGUUUCAUAUGGGUCCCAGCAUGAACAGGCACAUUGUACUGGCACACUCCCAGGGCAUACAGCUUCUGUUGUCCAAGCACAGUCUCAGCCCCAUGGGGUCUAUCCACCCUCAAGUGUGCCUCAGUCCAUGGCGCAUCCGUGUGGGGGGACCCCAACAUACCCAGAAUCACAGAUAUUUUUCCCAACUAUUCAUGAACGUCCAGUUUCUUUUUCACCACCUCCCACCUGUCCACCGAAGGUGGCCAUUUCCCAGCGGCGUAAGAGCACCUCCUUCUUGGAAGCCCAAACUCGCCACUUCCAACCCCUGCUGAGGACUGUUGGCCAAAAUCUUCUUCCACCUGGUGGCAGCCCAACUAACUGGACACCAGAGGCCGUAGUUAUGUUGGGCACUACAGCCAGUAGGAUAACUGGAGAGCCAUGUGAGAAACAGGUCCAUCCUAUGUUUGAACCAACUCAAGUUCACGGUGACUAUAGACCUGGACUAGUACUUCCAGAAGAAGCUCACUAUUUUAUUCCUCAGGAAGCAGUGUAUCUAGCUUACCAGGCCCAGGUGACAGAACAGUAUGAGGGUAUUCCAUACAACUCACCAGUACUGUCAAGUCCUAUGAAACAGAUACCUGAACAGAAGCCAGUACAAGGGGGCCCUACCUCAAGUUCUGUCUUUGAAUUUCCAUCUGGACAGGCUUUCCUGGUAGGACACCUUCAGAAUUUAAGAUCAGAUUCUGGAUUGAGUCCAGGAUCUCCCCUCUCUAGUAUUUCUGCACCUAUCAGUACAGAUGCUGCACGUUUGCAGUUUCACCCUGUCUUUGUUCCUCAUUCUGCGCCCGCUGUGUUAACUCGUAACAAUGAGAGAAGCAAUUGUGUAUUUGAGUUUCAUGUUCACACUCCAAGCUCCUCUUCAGGAGAAGGAGGAGGAGUUUUACCUCAGCAUGUUUACCGAAAUCGACAGGUUGCAGUGGACUUGAAUCAGGAAGAACCACCUCCUCAAUCAGUUGGAUUACACGGCCGCCUACAGCCUGUGACUGAAGAACAGCGUAAUUACCAUGCCCCAGAAUUGACCGUUUCUGUGGUAGAGCCUAUCGGACAGAACUGGCCAAUAGGAAGCCCAGAAUAUUCCAGUGAUUCCUCACAAAUUACUUCUUCAGACCCCAGUGAUUUUCAGUCACCUCCCCCUACAGGGGGAGCAGCUGCACCUUUUGGCUCUGACGUCUCGUUACCCUUUAUCCGUCUGCCUCAGACAGUGUUCCAAGAAUCCCCACUUUUCUUCUGUUUCCCCCAAGGAACCACAUCUCAGCAGGUUUUAUCUGCCUCAUUUUCUUCAGGAGGAUCUGCACUCCAUCCACAGGCACAGGGGCAAAGCCAGGGUCAACCAUCCUCAAGUAGCUUAACAGGGGUUCCAUCUUCCCUACCCAUACAACAUUCUCAGCAGCAGCAGGGAGUACAGCAGACAGCCCCUCCUCACCAGGCAGUGCAGUAUUCACUUCCACAGACAUCAGCCUCCAGUGAGGCCACUACUGCACAACCAGUCAGUCAGUCUCAAGCUCCACAGGUCUUGCCUCCAGUAUCAGUUGGAAAACAGGGCUUUCCACCUCGACUGCCACCACAAUACCCAGGAGAUUCAAAUAUUGCUCCCUCUUCCAGCGUGGCUUCUAUUUGCAUCCCUUCUACAGUCCUAUCCCCUCCCAUGCCGACAGAAGCACUAGCUACACCGGGUUACUUUCCUACAGUGGUGCAGCCUUUUGUGGAAUCAAACCUUUUGGUUUCUGUGGGCAGUAUAGGAGGACAGGUUCAAGUGUCCCAGCCAGCAGUGAGUUUAGCACAGCAAGCCCCCACUACAUCCUCCCAGCAAGCAGCUCUGGAGAGUACUCAGGGAGUCUCUCAAGUUGCUCCUCCAGAGCCGGUUCCAGUGGCACAAGCACAGCCUACCACUUUGGUCUCCUCUAUAGACAGUGCACAUUCAGAUGUUGCUUCAGGAAUGAGUGAUGGCAAUGAGAAUGUCCCAUCAUCCAGUGGAAGGCAUGAAGGGAGAACUGCAAAACGGCAUUAUCGAAAAUCUGUUAGAAGUCGCUCUCGUCAUGAAAAGACUUCACGUCCAAAAUUAAGAAUUUUGAAUGUUUCAAAUAAAGGAGACCGGGUAGUAGAAUGUCAGUUAGAGACUCAUAAUCGGAAAAUGGUUACAUUCAAAUUCGAUUUAGAUGGUGACAAUCCUGAGGAGAUAGCAACAAUUAUGGUGAACAAUGACUUUAUUCUAGCAAUGGAGAGAGAGUCAUUUGUGGAUCAAGUACGAGAAAUUAUUGAAAAAGCUGAUGAAAUGCUCAGUGAGGAUGUCAGUGUGGAACCAGAGGGUGACCAGGGAUUGGAGAGUCUGCAAGGAAAGGAUGACUAUGGCUUUGCAGGUUCUCAAAAAUUGGAAGGAGAGUUCAAACAACCAAUUCCUGCAUCUUCCAUGCCACAGCAAAUAGGCAUUCCUACCAGUUCUUUAACCCAAGUUGUUCAUUCUGCUGGAAGACGGUUUAUAGUGAGUCCUGUGCCAGAAAGUCGAUUACGAGAAUCAAAAGUUUUCACUAGUGAAAUAUCAGAUACAGUUGCUGCCUCUACUUCUCACGGCGCUGGAAUGAACUUGUCUCACUCUGCUUCAUCCCUUAGCCUACAGCAGGCCUUUUCUGAACUUAGACAUGCCCAAAUGACAGAAGGGCCCAACACGGCACCUCCCAACUUCAGUCAUACAGGACCAACAUUUCCAGUAGUCCCUCCUUCCAUGAGUAGCAUCGCUGGAGUCCCAGCCACAGCAGCAGCCACACCUUCAGUAUCAGUCCCUGCAGCUAGCAGCCCCCUUACUGACAUUUCCACAUCAGUAAUUCAGUCUGAGAUUCCAGUGCCCACUGAAACAGGGAUCGGUGGAGUUGCCACCUGCGCAGGUGUGAUGCCCUCGAGUGGUCUCCCUGUCCCACCUGUAUCUGAAUCACCAAUAUUUCCCACUGUGGUUUCGAGCAUCACAGUACCUGCAGUUGUCUCGGUAUCAGCAACAUCCCAGCCAGUUCAGGCUCCCACAUCUGGGAGCGCGGUUUCCAGCAUAGGCACUUUGCCCUCUCUGCCGGCUGCAGCAACUUUAGCCCCUGCAGGGGGCAGUGCUGCCGCGCCGGGUGCUAAGCCCGCACCUGUACCGUCGCAGCAGGUGGCAGGCAGUGCUGCUGGCGCAGCCACAUUAGCCUCUCUUCCUGCCACCGCUCCGUUCCCAAGCUUAGCUUCACAGCCGUCUCUUCAGCUUAGCAGUAGCACCUCUGCUCCGACUCCAGCUGAAACAGUGGUGGUUAGUGCACACUCACUAGAUAGAACAUCUCACAGUAGUACAACUGGAUUGCCUUUGUCCCUCUCUGCAUCACCGUCUCCCUCCCCUGGAGCAGGAUUGUCUACUUCCGUUUCUCAGCCUGGUGGGAUGCAUCCUUUGAUCACCCCAUCAGCUAUAGCUUCUACUCCUGCCCUUCCUCAAGCAGCAGGACCUACUUCUACACCUUCAUUACCCCAAGUACCUGGUGUCCUACCCUUGGUACAGCCUAUUGCCAGCGUGCCUGCCGUGCAGCAGACACUAAUUCACAGUCAGCCUCAACCAGCUUUACUUCCCAACCAGCCCCACACUCACUGCCCUGAAAUAGAUGCCGACUCACAGCCCAAAGCUCCUGGAAUUGAUGACAUAAAGACUCUAGAGGAAAAGCUGCGGUCUCUCUUUAGUGAACACAGCUCAUCUGGAGCCCAACAUACGUCUGUCUCACUGGAGACUUCACUGGUAGGAGAGACCACUGUCACACCAGGCAUCCCAACCACCGCUGUUGCACCAAGCAAGCUCAUGACUUCCACUACAAGUACAUGCUUACCACCAACCAGUUUGCCACUGGGUACACCUGGUUUGUCAGUUACGCCAGUGGUCCCACCUGGGCAGGUUUCUACCCCAGUCAGCUAUGUGUCAGCCCCAGUCAGCGCGACACCAGGAGCGAAAGCUGGACCUGCUCCGUCGAAGCCACCUUUAACUAAAGCUCCAGUGCUGCCAGUGGGUACUGAACUUCCAGCUGGUACUCCACCCAGCGAGCAGCUGCCACCUUUUCCAGGACCUUCACUAACUCAGUCCCAGCAGCCUCUGGAAGAUCUUGAUGCUCAGUUGAGAAGAACACUUAGUCCAGAGACUAUUGCGGUGACAUCCACAGUUGGUCCUGUGUCCAUGAUGGCUCCAACAGCAGUUGCAGAAGCAGGAGCACAGCCUCAGAAGGAUGUUUCUCAUAUUGUAGAAGGUCCUGUCCUAGCAACUAGUUCAGGAACUGGUGUUUUCAAGAUGGGACGAUUUCAGGUUUCAGUUGCAAUGGAUGAUGUCCAAAAAGAGGGUAAAAAUAAGUCAGAAGAUACAAAGUCUGUUCAUUUUGAAUCCAGUACUUCAGAGUCCUCAGUGCUAUCAAGUAGUAGUCCAGAAAGUACCCUGGUGAAGACAGAGCCUAAUGGGAUAACCAUCCAUGACAUCUCAUCAGAUAUGCCAGAUAGUGCCCACAAAACUCCUGCGUUGGAAGCAAAGUCAGAAACUGGGCAGCCUACCAAGGUAGGACGUUUCCAGGUGACAACUACAGCAGACAAAGUAAGUCGUUUCUCUGUAUCAAGAACUGAAGACAAGAUCACUGAGGCAAAGAAAGAGGGGCCAACAGCAUCUCCUCCUUUUAUGGAUUUGGAACAGGGUGUUCUCCCUGCUGUGAUACCAAAGAAAGAAAAGCCUGAACUGUCAGAGCCUUCACAUCUGAAUGGGCCAUCUUCUGACUUGGAGGCCGCCUUCCUUAGCAGGGAUGUGGAUGAUGGUUCAGGUAGUCCACACUCCCCCCAUCAGCUGAGCUCGAAGAGCCUGCCUAUCCAGAAUCUAAGUCAAAGCCUUAGUAAUUCAUUCAACUCCUCUUACAUGAGUAGUGACAAUGAGUCAGAUAUUGAAGAUGAAGAUUUAAAAUUAGAGCUGCGAAGACUACGAGAAAAGCAUCUUAAAGAAAUUCAAGACUUGCAGAGUCGCCAGAAGCAUGAAAUUGAAUCUUUGUAUACCAAACUGGGAAAGGUUCCCCCCGCUGUCAUUAUUCCCCCAGCUGCCCCCCUUUCAGGGAGAAGAAGGCGACCCACUAAAAGCAAAGGCAGCAAAUCCAGUCGCAGCAGUUCCUUGGGGAAUAAAAGCCCCCAGCUUUCAGGUAACCUGUCUGGUCAGAGUGCCACUUCAGUUUUGCACCCCCAGCAGACCCUCCACCCUCCUGGCAGCAUCCCAGAGACUGGGCAGAAUCAGCUGUUACAGCCCCUUAAGCCAUCUCCCUCCAGUGACAACCUCUAUUCAGCCUUUACCAGUGAUGGUGCCAUUUCAGUACCAAGCCUUUCUGCUCCAGGUCAAGGGACCAGUAGCACAAACACCGUUGGGGGAGCAGUGAACAGCCAAGCCGCCCAAGCUCAGCCUCCUGCCAUGACGUCCAGCAGGAAGGGCACGUUCACAGAUGACCUGCACAAGCUGGUAGACAAUUGGGCCCGAGAUGCCAUGAAUCUUUCCAGCAGGAGAGGAAGCAAAGGACACAUGAAUUAUGAGGGCCCUGGAAUGGCAAGGAAGUUCUCUGCACCUGGUCAGCUGUGCAUCUCCAUGACCUCAAAUCUGGGUGGUUCUGCCCCCAUCUCUGCAGCAUCAGCUACCUCUCUAGGUCAUUUCACCAAGUCUAUGUGCCCCCCACAGCAGUACGGUUUUCCAGCUCCCCCCUUUGGCACUCAGUGGAGUGGGACAGGUGGCCCAGCACCACAGCCGCUUGGCCAGUUCCAGCCUGUGGGAACUGCCUCCUUACAGAAUUUCAACAUCAGCAAUUUGCAGAAAUCCAUCAGCAACCCCCCAGGUUCCAACCUGCGGACCACUUAGACCUAGAGACAUUAACUGGAGUAGAUUUGGGGGCAGGAGAUGGAAUGCUGAAGGGGGCGGGGGGGGGGACGGGAAAGUAGCCUAUAUACUAACUACUAGUGCUGCAUUUAACUGGUUAUUUCUUGCCAGAAAGGAAUGUUUUUAAUACCGCUUAGAGCCCUCAGAGUUGAGAAUCUCCCUCCCCCUUCACCAUUUACUGGAGUGGAACGAGAAGGAAAGAGCAGCUUUCUUGUGAUGGGGCGGCUUCAGACCAUGCUUUCCUGUUUCUCUACACCCAAUAGUGAGGGCUAGAAAAGAGAAUCAUGUAUCAGAAAGCUACGAGAGAGCUCAGUGGAAAACCAAACCCCAUCUUUAUUUCAGAUGGGUGGAGCUCUUAAUUUUGGUACCCACCCCAAAUCCCUUAUUCCCUCAAGAAUCUAAACCACAAGACAAAAAAAAACACAAAAAAACAAAACAGAAAAACUUUUGGGCUCUCUUCUACCCUGUUCCCCCCUCCCUUUUUUUUUUCUUUGUUUCUUUUUUCUUUUUUUUUUUUUGCUUUAGAACCCAGUGAAAAACACCAGGGGACUGAGGUUUCAACCCUUUCUUAUGAUAGGUCAUUAGUGCUUUAAGCAAAUGAUAUUAGCAGCUUUGACUGCAGCAUUAGCAAUUAGGAAAAAAAAAAAUUAAGUCCCCUGCGGACAUGUAACUUUGCCAUCAGUUUUGAUGUGGAAACACUGUGAUAUAUAAAUGUUGUUGGACAACAGUAGUUUUAAGAAUAAAAUAUGAAAGGUUUAAAAAGUUGGAAAAAAAAAGCAAGCUCUGUCCUUUACUUAUUGAGACACUUUAGCUUUUUCCUUUGUAUUUCCAUUGUAGUAGAUAAAUAAAUGUGAAUGUAAGAUUGUAUAAAUUACUGUACUUGAAUACUUCUGUUCUCCCAGUAUUGCUUGCUGGAUAUUUUAGUGCCUUGGACUUCUACUGCUUCUGCCAUUAGCACCAACUUCUCAUCAGACCCCAGAUCAGCAGAGGGCAUAUGGAAGGAUAUUAGGUCCAUGUGACCCCAGCAGAGGAUUAUGCCAAAGGGAAACUGAGUUGUUUUUUUUUUUUUUUUAAGUCAUUCAAUUUUGUCUAGAGCAGGUGUAAGAUGAGCAGGGUGAGAAGUUAAGUUGACAUCAGUGGUUGAAAGCAGAAAGUUCUGUUUCAAGAACAGUAAGGAGGGGUGUGGUAACAAAACUGAGCAAUUUAAAAGCAUAAGGGUGGUGUGUGAUAAAUGAAAGAAAAAGAAAGACUAAGAACGGGAGAACAGACUUGUCAGGAAGAUGUGUGCUGCCUGGCCCACAGGGUGCCAUGAGCCUUACUUAAGCCAGGCUUGACAGACAAGACCUAGUGGAAAUGGCUAAAUAUAAAGGGAAGGGGGUGGGGGCUAGUUUUUAAGUUGGGAAAUGUUGAUAGUGAAAAGUUACAGAUGGAGAAAGAUGCUCUAAGAAAAACUUUGGAUUGCUUUCCUCUUGUUGCAAAUGUAUCAUGCAUUUCUCAGCUUAGGGUACUGUAUUUUGUGGAAAGUGGACCCACAUCUGAAUUAAGCAUUGUAAGAAAGAGUGGCUUAUUCCUACUCGUUUCCUAUGUGAUGUCCAAAUGGUUGCAGGAUCAUAAAUCUGUUGUGCCACCUCUAUUUCUAGAAUUGCAACUGAUAUUCUCACAUUCUCAUAUAAACAAAUACUCCCCUUAAGUAAUAACUGCAACCAAUCAGUAUUAUAUAGUGCUAUGCCUAGUUGUAAUGGGCAGUUCUAUUAUUUUCAGAGCUUUCAGGAAAUACUCUCCUAAUUGGCUAUGUUUGGGAUCUCUGUUAUCUCCGAAGAUGGGGAAAGAAGCUAGGACUCCUCUAAUUUUUUGGGUGCUUCUUCUCUUGACUCUUGAGUUGGGAAAUUGACACAUUUCCAAUCUCUUACCCACCUCAACAGCACAUCCCAGGAAUCACCACAAUACGGGGAGCCUGGUUGGCUGUCCUAUCCUGUUGUUCCUUCAUGGGCCCUGUUUUCUUUAGUAAGUUAGCCUAGGUCCCAAAGAUGCAAGUGAAAGCUGAAGGUUUAGGAAAGUAGAAAUGAAAAGGACAGGGGUUCCAAGCCCUGCUUCAAAGUUGUUUACUUAUUUAUUCUCUGCUUAAGAUUCUUGGGGAGAUGGUAAGAGUAAGGAUAGAACAACGAAGGUGCCAAGUAAAUGAGAAACAGACCACCUAAGAUGAAUGAAACCAUACUUUCUACUAGAGGAACGAGGGAACCAAAUGCAGCACAUAAUUUUUUGUUACUUUGGUUUUAUUUUGAGAUCACUUACACACAAAAAGUAAGAACUGGUUUUAUUUACUGUUGAUUUUUUUUUCCCCCUCCUGUGGAUGAAGUAACUGAAGCCUAGAGGAAUGAACUAGUGCUACUGAACUGUUUAAAUUAUUUUUGUGUUAAUAGUACACUUUGAGUAUCUUUUUCCACAUUACAAAAAUCUUUCUGAAUUAUAAAUGUUUUCCUUACAUUAUUUAACAAUGUACACUGUUUAAAAAAGCAAAUAAACGGAAUUCAAACCUUGGGGGUUUCUCAGCAGCCGUUAAUUGUACAUUUUGCACUAACUCUGGGUGUUGCGCUUCUUGUAAGAUUGCGCUUUGUGCUUCAGUUUGUUACCUUUGUAGACUUAUUUAAUGAAACCAUUCAAAUAAACCAAACUUGCUUUUGA